AUGGAGCUGACAUCUGCCAGCUUUUCUGACGACCAAGAAGUGCAACAAAAGACAAAGCAUUUCUUUCAACUUGCUAAACUCUGCUUGAAAAUGGACAUUGAUAGUGUCAGCAUUGAUGCAAUCCACGCAAGCAUCUUGAUUGGGAAUCUAUGCGGUGCAGAAGGUGAAACUGCAGGCGAGGCUUUGUUUUUCGGGGUUGCCUUUCGUAUGGCACAUGUCCUCCAUUUACCGAAACCCGAACCCGCCGAUGACAGCAUCAUGCAAGAGAUCAAAAUACGAACAUGGUGGUCUCUUUAUAUGAUUGACACUUGGUCAUCAGCAGGCCUCAACCUCCCUCGCCAAAUUCAUGACAAAGAGUGCCACCGCCUCCCAAUGGCCGAAACUUUAUUCUGGUGUCUUGAACCAGGACAGAGAGUUGAAAGCGACUACCAAUUCGGGAUCGGUCUUUGGGGAUAUAUGGUCAUGCUUGCGCGUAUAUUCAGCGAGAUUCAAGAUCUCCAUGUCAGAUUAGCAGACGGAGAGCUGAAUGAGCAGCAUAUGGAAGAGAUCACUGAAUCAUUGGCCCGGGAGCUUGACAGAUUCUUGGACGACCUUCCGUCAAAUCUGCAGUUUACUGUGGACAACCUCAAGUUUCACGCUGCGGCAGACCUUGGACGAGCAUUUAUAGCACUCCAUCUGGGGUACCACCACUAUGCUACACUUCUUUACUUUCAAUAUUUUGAUACCCAGCUUGGCCAGACACCAAGUCGCGCUAUAUAUGUUGCUCGAUGCAAGUACCACGCAGCUUCAUUUAGUGACAUGCUGAGAUUAUCGCACGAGACGGAAAAUUGCGAAGCCUUUUAUCUCAUUGUUGCCCACAUGACUGUCGUGUCCUCUUCUGCGCUGUUGCACACUUUAUUGUUUGGAAGCCAAGAUGAGCUUCUAGACACACGAAAACGGCUGUGCUUCAAUUUCGAGCUAUUGUUAAAACUAAAACAAUAUUGGCCUGGAGUGGAUCUAAUGGUAAGUUCAUUUUGA